AUGGCCUCGGAGUUGGCCAUGACCGCGGAGCUGCCCACCAGCCCCCUCGCCAUCGAAUACGUCAACGAUUUUGACCUGAUGAAGUUUGAGGUGAAGAAAGAGCCGGCGGAGGCCGAGAGGCUGUGCCACCGCUUGCCUGCUGGUUCUCUUUCUUCCACCCCUCUCAGCACCCCGUGCUCCUCCGUGCCUUCCUCGCCCAGUUUUUGCGCUCCCAGCCCCGGUGGGCAACCGAGUGCUGGUCCCACCGCCGCUCCCCUGGGCUCCAAACCGCAGCUGGAGGAGCUGUAUUGGAUGUCGGGCUACCAACACCACCUCAACCCCGAAGCGCUCAACUUGACCCCGGAGGAUGCUGUGGAGGCUUUGAUCGGCGCUCCGCACCACCAUCAUCAUCACCAUCAGAGCUAUGAGUCGUUCCGGCCUCAGCCCUUUGGGGGUGAGGAGCUGCCCCCGGCAGCCCACCACCACAACGCCCACCACCACCAUCACCACCACCACCUGCGCUUGGAGGAGAGGUUUUCCGACGACCAGUUGGUGAGUAUGUCGGUGCGGGAGCUCAACCGGCAGCUGCGGGGAUUCAGCAAGGAGGAGGUGAUUCGCCUCAAGCAGAAGAGGAGGACCUUGAAGAACCGCGGCUACGCGCAGUCCUGUCGCUACAAGCGGGUCCAGCAGAGGCACAUCCUGGAGAACGAGAAGUGUCAGCUCCAGAGCCAAGUGGAACAACUCAAGCAAGAAGUUUCCCGUUUGGCCAAGGAGCGGGAUCUGUACAAAGAGAAGUACGAGAAGUUGGCGGCGCGGGGCUUCCCCCGGGAGCCAUCCCCUCCCGCAGCCCCAAAAACUACCGCCGCUGACUUCUUCAUGUGAGCCCGGGGUGGGGUGAAGCGGGGGGGUGACAUUGCAAUGCCCCUAUAUUCCUCCCCCCCCCCCUCCCCCCGAUGUGGGGAGAGCAAACGAUCUGCUUGUAUAAAAAUAUAUAUAUAUAUUAUUUUCUUCUGAAAAGUUGUUCCGAAAAUGCGGGGAAAAUGGGACCCCCCCCCUCCCCAGCCCCAUCAGGACUUAGACUGGAAAGGGAGAGGGAGGGGGGUCCUGGGGAGGGGGACGCAUCCGAUAGACCCCCCUGUGUGGGGAGAGGGGAACAUGUCCUAUAGACCCCUUAUCCAGGGAGAGCAAACAAUCUGCUACUGUAUUGUAAUAAAUAUUUUCUUCCGAACAAAUGGGGAAAUGGGACCCCCCCUCCCCAACCCCAUCAGGACUCGAGCUGGAAAGGGGGGGGUCCAGGGGAGGGGGGUCAUCCUAUAGACCCCUUAUAUGGGAAGAGAAAACAAUCUGCUUGUAUUAAAACAAAAAUAAAACCAAGUAUUUUCUUCCGAAAAUACGGGGGAAUGGGAUCCCAACCACCCCCCACCCCCCAUAAGGACUUGGACUGAAUCAAAGAGGGGUCCUGGGAGGGGAGGGGGCGGAAAGGCAGCGGACGUGGAGCCAGCCUGCAUGCGGGACGUGUACGGCGUGCCGCCCCCGGAGCUCUAUCGCCCUCCACCCUGCGUGUUUAACCCCCUCCUUUAAUGACCAUUAAUUAUUAUAAUGAAUUAAUUUCGGGGUGUCCCCGUGCAUUGCCCUGGGAGGGGGUUGGAGGGGAGGUCUGGCAGCGCUGUGCCCUGCCCGGCCCUCCACCACCUGCACCCCAACCUGAGCCACUCUUUAACUUAUUCACCCUCCUCCCCCCUCCCCCCCCCCCUCCCUUGUACAUAUGUAGAAAUUAGUUUAGUUUUUAGGGGUUUUUUUUUUCUGCUUUUUUGUUUGUUU